AUGUCUAAGACUUCAAUUGCUGUUUUCGGUCUCAACGGUACCUUGGGUAAGCCAACUUUGGAGGCCCUCAAGAGCUCAGCUUUCGCUGAUAAGUUCCAGUUCCCAAUCUUGGCUGUAACUCGUGAUGCCUCCAAGUACACCUCCGAUGAGUACGUCAAAUACAUCACCGGUGACUACAUUUCCGGCAAGGAUGCUUUGGUGAAGGAAUUGAGCGGUGUUGAUGUCAUUGUCGAAUUACUCCACCCAGAGCCAGCCUUGUUCGCUGCCAUUGAAGCCAUCGUCGCUGAGGUCAAGCCAAAGGUGUUCAUUCCAUCGCAAUUCGGCUGUAACUUGGCUGAUGCUGCUAAGGUAUUCCCAGGUUUCUUGCUGAUCAAGACUAACCACUCCGAGAACGUCAGAAAGGCUGGUGUUAAGGUGGUGGACGUCUACAACGGUUUCUUUGCCCAGGGUCUCUGGUUGUACGAGAUUGUUGGCCAGGCCGGUGUUGACCCAGAGUCCAAGACCGUCACCUACUUCGGCUCCCCAGAGACUAAGUUUGCCUACUCUAGCCUUGAUGACGUUGGAAGAGUCAUUGCUUCCAUUGCAUCUAAGCCAGCUUCUGAGCUUCCAGAUUUCGUGAGAGUUCAAUCUGGUGAGGUCUCCUUCGCUGAGAUUGCUAAGAGAUACGAGGAGUCUCACAAUGUUAAGUUGGAGGUUAAGAACGUUUCUGAGGCCGAUGCUGCUGCCAACGCAAAGGAUGUCUGGGCCCAGGGCUUCGACCCAACCAAAUUCCUCUUCUAUUUGCAGGUUUUAGCAUCUUCUGGUGUUGACAAGGGUGUUUCUUUCUCUGCUAACGAGAACGAGUUGGUCAACCCAGGUGAGAGCUUGUGGAAGUGGGCUAAGUACUAA